UUGUUCCACGCAGCCACACCAGAUUCCUUCUCUUGUGCUUUUUCUUUCUUCCCCAACAAUAACUACACAAAAGAAGAAAAAAUGGCAUUUUUCCUCCCAGCUCCCAUUACUCUCUCCUCAAAGCCCUCGUCCCAUUUGCUCCCCAAUUUCCCCAAACCCACAUCUAGAACCCUCGUUCUCCCAACAAAUCCAAACCCUAAUAAAGCACCAAUAUUCAGGAGAAAAAUGGCGACCCAAAUUCAAGUAUCAUCAGCCGCUGGUGAUCUUGAUCCGGGCCUGCUGCAGCAAGCCGUUCAGCUUGUCCAAUCGUCUCCCGCAACGUGGCAAUCCGCCCUCCUCAGCAACGCCCUGAUCUUCGUACUGGGCUCUCCGAUUCUGGUCACGGGCUUGUCUCUGUCCGGCAUAGCUGCGGCUUUUUUGCUCGGGACUCUUACAUGGCGAGCUUUUGGGUCUUCUGGGUUUCUUCUUGUGGCAGCGUAUUUUGUCAUUGGAACAGCGGCUACUAAGGUGAAAAUGGCUCAAAAGGAGGCUCAAGGAGUUGCCGAAAAAAGAAAAGGAAGGCGGGGCCCGGGUAGCGUGAUUGGGUCGAGUGCUGCAGGCUGUGUUUGUGCCUUUCUCUCUAUAUACGGUGUUGGUGAUGUGGCAUUUGCUCGCCUGUGGGAACUAGGUUUCGUAGCUAGUUUCUGUACUAAGCUGAGUGACACUGUCUCAAGUGAGAUAGGAAAAGCAUAUGGAAAAACAACGUAUCUCGUCACGUCAUUUAAGAUUGUGCCAAGGGGGACUGAAGGGGCCGUUAGCUUCGAGGGAACUUUUGCAGGACUUUUAGCUUCAAUUCUGCUUGCUUUCAUUGGUUGCUUUAUGGGCCAGCUUGUCAAUGUUAAUUUUCCACCAAACCCGACUUUUGUAACUGAUGAAGGAUUUGUGUCAAAGCAGAUAAAUGUACCUGAAGCUGUCAUAUGUGUGAUUGCUUCCCAGAUUGCAAAUCUUGGAGAAAGUAUCAUAGGAGCUGAGCUUCAGGAGAAAGAUGGAUUUAGAUGGCUUAACAACGAUGCAGUCAAUGUAAUCAACAUAUCCAUGGGUAGCAUUCUAGCUAUUUUGAUGCAGCAAUUAAUACUGCAAAGCUGGCUUAGAUAGCAAAAACUACUAUUACAUGGUUUAGCUUUCACAACUCGUUGCGAAUUAAUCAUUGACCGUGAUCUCCCAGCAACUUGCCCUAGAGUUGAUGCUCGAUGGUGAAGCUAUAUAUACAUAUUUUUUUCCGUGCACAAAAAAUAGAGAGCAAAGAAUUUGGCGAAGGUUUUUACAGGUUCUCCCGUUUUCUUUCCGACUUGGUUCCAUGAGAAGGAAUGUGGAUUGUGUGUAGCUAUUGUGUUCUUAACUUGUUUGUUGGCUCAAGUCCAAAUAUUUCUUUUAUCAGCGUUUACAUAUACAGUGUCCUCCCUUGUAAAUCCCAUUAUCAAAAAGGUGGAAAAGGGUAAAGAAGAAAAAUGUUAGUGAGCCCAUUCAUUUAAUCUUGAAGUUUAUUAUUAUUUAUUUCUGAUCAAAUGAAAUUU